CCAGCGUUGUCGAUAAUAACCUCAUGCAAGAAUAGAAAGUAGAUAGGACAGAAUUAUCCACAAGUUGUCAGGUUGUCACACGAGUGAUUCGGCGAUUGAUUCCAAUGUACUUGAGUAUUUGUAUCUUCGUAAAACAGACCGACGCGAUUAUUUGUCGAGUAUCUGAUCGCGCGCAAUUUCGGGAAGAUAAAUGCGCUCGAUAGGAGGGAGUGUCUGGUCCGUAAAGAGGCUUGAAAGAGAUCUUGUAAGAGAGUUUAGCGUUUGCUAGCGCCGACACAAAACGAGGGAAGGAAGAAAAGAGGAAGAGAAAUCGCGACUCCACGUCGCGGCCAUUCGAAAAGAAAAUGACCGUCAUGGAUUUCUUUGGUUGCGCCUGUCUGGCUUUCGGCCCGCCACUAGCCAUGUUUAUGUUCACCAUCGCUGCCGAGCCCAUCAGAAUAAUCAUAUUGAUUGUCAGCGCUUUUUUCUGGCUGAUAUCUCUGCUGCUAUCAUCGGUACUUUGGUACGCUGUCGUUCCACUACAAGAACAUCUCGCGUUUGGCCUGGUUUUUUCUGUACUGUUCCAGGAAGGUUUCAGGUAUCUCUUGUAUUGGGUGCUGCGUAAAGCCGAAAAAGGCUUGGAAAAGGUCACGACGACACACGUGGCUGACAGCAGACACGUAUUUGCUUAUGUGUGUGGCUUAGGUUUUGGCUUCAUGAGUGGUGCCUUUGCUUUAGUCAACGUCCUGGCUGAUGCAGUGGGACCUGGUACCAUGGGACUCCGUCAGGGUUCCGAAUACUUCUUUAUAAUAUCAGCUGCUACCACUCUGUGUUUCAUUCUCCUGCACACGUUCUGGGGUGUCAUCUUCUUCUUUGCCUUGGACAAGAAGAAUUGGGGACAGAUUAUCUGGGUAGUUGGAUCGCAUCUGGUUGUCUCGUGUAUGACAUUGCUCAAUCGUUAUCAGGCGUAUGCAGCCAGUUUAUUAUCUGCUUAUAUAGUACUGGUAAUAACAACUACACUUGCGUUCAGGAUCGUUGGUGGACGGACACAAUCUUUAAUUCUCUGUUUCCAAAGAAACUGAGAACUCUUACAAAGGUUACUUAAUAAGACGUUUAUAGUUUGCAAGUUCAUCUCUGAUGUGAAUUUAAUAUCAUAACGAUAAACAUCUUUUCCUUUUGGAUGUCAAUCUCUAACGCACAUUCUACAAUAAGUUGUUAUUUAAGUUUCAAGUUUUGAGCCGUAAGAAAUUGACCUGUCAAAUGUCAAAAGAAUAAUCUACUAUAAUUGAUCAGUUUCUUAUGAUUUGAGAUUUGAAGCUUAUGUAAUGACUUUGUGUUGAAAGCCCAUAAGAAAAUCGUAUUCGUUGCUCUAUUACAUUAUAUUAUAUUAUGUAGAGAAAGGUUUAACGUGCAGGAUACUUUUUUCCCAUUCAGAUUAUUAAACAGGAUAUGCACCGAGUAUGCAACAUCAUUAAUUUUGUAUGGCGAAAUGUAUUCGAUAAACUCAACAAUGUACGAUAUAUCUAUAUGUUGGUCAAACCAAUAGAGAGACAAAUCCUAUACGAUUGCAUGUUUUGAAAUUGAUAUUUUUCAAAGCAUCUCUGAGGAUGUGAAAGUUCCAAUUGUUUUCCUUAUAAAAGGUUCUAGCACUAGAUAUUCUAAUCGAGCUGCUAGUCCGUCCCUUAAUCCAUCGAAAAAAUUAUAUGAUUCAGAAACAAAAUAAUCUCUCAAUAAUCCAGUUUUGAUUUAGAUGAUGUCCAAGUGUGUAUUAUUCCUUUAUAUCUUAAAGCUUUAUAUCCUAAAGCUCUUGAUUUUUCAUUGCAGCAAUGUUGAAUUGUGACGUCGGAAACAAGGAAUCGUGAAUUUUCUUCCUUGCAUUAUGUAUUAAAAUAAAUUAACUUUUUUUUCAUGUUAUAAUAUAAUGUAUGAUAAUAUAAAUUUAUUUUAAGUGAAAGAUUCACUUUUCGGUUCAUAAUAAAAAUAGCUACACAUUCGUCUAUCAUAUAAGAUCUAGUUUUUCACCUUAUAAGAGCUGCGCGCAAUAUCUAUAUGUUAAGUUGUAUAUGUAGAAUAAUAAAAGAAAGUUUUUUCGAUAUAUUUUAUAUAUCUCUCUCAGUCCGUAUUAUUAUAUAUACCAAACGCAAAAUAAUGGCAUAAGAGUAAACAUUCAUUUAUUUCGUCGUAUAGUACAGGAAAGGAAAAAUGUAAUUUUUUGACAUUUUUUAACGUCAUAAUUUAAUAUGGCUACAAAAAAAAACGAGAAAUUAUAAAAAGGAAGAAAAAAAUCUAAAAUGUAUGCGACCGGUGCGCUCAUACGUGUGUAUGUAUAUAAGUGCGUUUAUAAUGUAUAAUUAUUGUAUCAAAUGAGAUGUAUAUUUGUGCAUCAAUGUGCACCUUAAAUAUGGAUUCCUUGAAUAGGUUUAACAAAGAAAAAAAUGAAGUUGAGAAAUUGUCAUUACUUUUUUGUAUGUAAAAAGAAAAGGGAAUCUAUCGACGAUUACACUUAAGGUAAUUACUGUGACAUAUGUAUCUCUUGGCAUUCAAUUAAUUUAAUUUUCACUUAUCACACAUCUCGCAAUCGUUUAUUAUCCAGAUCAUAUUGCAUUUCGUAUGACAUUGAAAUGAAAACAAUUUUUGUAAAAUACUAGUUGUAUAAAUGAUUGUUAUCGCUGUUUAGAUGUAAAACUAUAUAUACCACCGUUCCAUAUAAUAUAAUAUAUAAUAAUAAUAACUCCAGUUAUGCAAUUAGU